AUGUUAGACAGUAAAUCCAUUGAGGUGAUUCAAGAGUUUAAAAAUGCCAUAAUAUCUCAACGAUUACCCAAAGUGACUAACAGUAAUGUCUUAGAAUCCAAUAGGGGUAAAAAAUUGGACUUUGAAGCGAUUAAAUCCAAAGUAGUUGAGAUAAAUGGUAAUGAAUACAUCGUAGGUACAAAUACUAUGACUGAAAAAUCUACUCACAGAAAUAAGAGAAAAUGGAAAGAGUAUGAAGAUUACAAUGGAGAAACCAUUGUAGAUAACGAUGUAGUGGUAUCAGAAAGUGAAGAAGAUGAUGACGAGGAGGAGGAAGAUGAAGAAGAUAUUUUAGGAGAUCUCAAUAUUGGUGAAAUCUUAGGAGCUAUCAAUCAUCCUUCCGACCUUGUUGUACAUCCCGAAAUACUGAGAACUUAUAAACUGGAAGUGUUAAGUAAAUUAGCAUCUGAGUUGAUUGAUUUGAUUGAAAUUGAACAAACAACCUUAAAUAACUUGACUAACUUAUUAUCAGUGUUGAAUGGUGAAGAUUGGUAUUAUCUUAUGGAAGAGAACAUGGGAUUACCUGAAUAUGACCAUGGAUUAACCAACGAUGAUAAAACUGAAGAAAUUAAAGACGUGGAAAAACUUCAAAUGAUCAAAGAAGAUGACAAAGAAGAUGAUAAACGUAUAACAAGAACUCAAGAUGAUGAAGUACAAGAUUCAUUCUUUAAAUUACCUGGAGCCUUAAGAAAAUAUGAGAUGAUGCAAUCAGAUUUCAACGAUGAAAGUAAAUUGAAGAAAGUUCAAAAUGAAUUGAUAAAUUACUUACAAAUCUCCAUUCAAAGACAACAAGAAUAUAUUAAGAACUUGACGAAUUUGAGGAAUAAUAUUGUCAGAGCUGAUAGAUUGAAAAACCAAUUAUAUAAAUGGGCAAAAGAAAUGACAGAAAAGGGUAAAGAGUAA